ACAUAUAUUUUUUUUAUAUAAUCGGACAUUAUUAUUACAUUUGCUAUAAUUUCAUUGUUUUUUAUUUAGGGGAUAUAUUUGUUGCUUUGUCUAAGUUGUCAAUGCUUUAAAAUACGACAAAGGUAGUUUUAAUGCCUGUGCCCAAAAACAAAUAUACACGGUAUCAGUAUUUUACAACAGCAAGACGUAGAAAGUCGAACAAAAAACUGAUUUUUUUGUACAGGGUUGUUACUCAAUAUAAGAAUCAACCCCUGUUGAUUUACUGAAUUAAAGUUAACAUUAAUAAGAAGCAGAGACUUGGUUUUAAUAAAAAUUCACGUGCAUAUCAAAAUAGUAACAUAGCUGAAAUUAAGAAGAGUAAUUGUAAUUGCUAUCCUUUUUUUUAAAUAAUUAAAAAAGAUGUCUUCGUCAUUUUUCUUAAAGAAGGAAUCUAAAAUUAAUAAAAAACGGAAGCAGACACUAGAAGUUAAAAAAGCGGGGAAGUUAUCUAAGAAAUUUAGUAAUGAAGCUAAGGUUUCUAGCAGUAAAGAUGAUGAGGAAAUUGCCAGUGAUGAUGAGUAUCCUAGUGGCAAUGAAGCUAUUGGUAAUAAUAACAAUUUAACGUUUUCCUCUGAUGAAGCUGAGGAAGAAACGCCCCAGGAUAAACGCUUGCGUUUGGCCAAACAAUAUCUCGAAGAAAUUGAAAAACAAGAAUUGGAAAAAGCAAAAGACCGUCAACUGCACGAUCAAGUCUCACAAAGACUACAAACCGAAUAUCUGGAUAGUGUGGGGAAGUUGAGAAAGAAUAUCGCUGCUAGUAUAUAUGGCUACGAUGUCGAAAAUGUUGUUAAACUAAAGCACAAAAAACAACACCUCACCUUAUGCUCCUUGGCAUUAGCGCCCGACGGGCAAAUUCUAUUUUCCGGCGGUAAAACCCAAUAUGUGCUAAAAUGGAAUUUGAAAAAUAAUCGCGUAGUGGGAAUGUUCAAUGUAGAACCCUAUAAUGAGGAUAUUAACAAAGGCGUACUAAAAAGACGUUCACAUGUAAUAGCUAUGUGCAUAAGUAGCGAUAUGCGUUACUUGGCUUUGGCUGAUAAUGGCAAAACGAUACAAAUUUGGUGUCCCAAGGAAUUAAAGCAUUUGAAAACAUUUCAUGGUCACAGAGAUGUUGUAACCUGUUUGGUGUUUCGCAAAGAUACACAUGAAUUAUACUCAGGAUCAAAUGACCGUUCUGUCAAAAUAUGGUCACUAGAUGAAAUGGCUUAUGUGGAGAGUUUAUUUGGCCAUCAAGCCGGCGUCACUGGUAUAGACGCUUUAACACGUGAACGUGCUAUUAGUUCAGGCGGACCCGAUUGUUCUUUGCGUAUUUGGAAAAUAACUGAAGAGUCCCAGUUGGUAUACAACGGCCACCAAGAUCGUAUUGAAUCCGUUAAAUUUUUGAAUGAUGAAAACUUCAUAUCGUCAGGAAUGGAUGGUUCCCUUUGUCUUUGGUCGGCGUUAAAGAAAAAAUCCCUUCACACCGAAUUCCUGAGUCAUGGCCAACAAGCAAACGGUGACGCGAAUUGGCUAACGGCCAUAGCCUGCGUAGUUAAUACCGACUUAAUAGCCUCAGGUUCUUGUGAUGGAUUUAUACGAUUAUGGCAGGCCUCCGAUCAUUAUCGGAAAUUAAAACAAAUACUCAAAAUACCCGUCGAAGGUUUUGUCAACUCCUUGACUUUUAAUCAGGAAGGUACAAGACUAUUCGCUGCGCUAGGUCAAGAGCAUCGUCUCGGUCGUUGGCUGCGUCUAGCUGAAGGAAAAAAUCAAAUUGUUAUCAUCGAUCUGCUACGGAAUCAAACCAGAAAAGAUGGGAAUAAAUAAAUUUUAUUUAUUGUUAAGUUU